UCGUCCUCGUUCCAGCGCACCGUGCGGUCGCUACUACCAUCAAAGCGAGAGCGAGUAUCGGGUUUCGGGGAGAGAAAGUAAGUUCAGAAUAUAUAGACUUUGUCGCUGUGAACACAAUAAGAAUUUGUGUGUGUUUUCGGUUGGUACUCUUGUCAUUAUUAGCCAUUAGCUCAUUAUCUCUGAUUAUCCAGUUAUCCGGGUAUCACAGAAAUCUCGAUUCGUUCGCUGAACCCCUUGAGAAAUCAAUGAGGUUUAAAGGUAUACCGGAGUGGGUUUGAGGUACUCAGUGGGUUCUAGGUAAGACUAUUUUUUUUUAGAUUUUUGCCACACUCCUCCCUCUUUCCCGACUUACGCCGCAACGUCCGCAUCCAUAUGAGCUCCAGCACCAUAGGCAUCGCUCUCGUCCAGAUCGAAUUCAUCGGUGCCAGUGCGUUGGUUGUGGAAUUUAUAAGGUUAGUUGAGCAUUAAGCAAUGCCAAAGAAUAUAUACAGUAUACAUAGGCUAAUGGACGGGGUGAGUGUAGUGGCUGUUGGUGGUGGGUGCUCUUCUCUUACUGGCCUAGGGAUUUCUUUUUUAGGGUCCUGGGUUUGGCACUGGGACAACUCACAGGCGCUGAUUCCGCUUGUUGACAAUGUCCUGCACGGCUCGGGCAGUCAGCGACACCCUGCUCUUCAAUCGCAUCGGCGUGCGGGGCAUCGGAACGGCGGCCGGAAUGUCCGGAUUGACGCUGAGCACAUGGGUUACGGGACGCCGGACCAUUUCACUGCUAGCUCUAUCCGCGUUGGUACGAGUACUACGUCUGGCAUGCAGAGAUUUUUGGGGCAGACGGUGAGUGAGUGAGUGGGGUGCCGCCGGGGGAGCCCAGGGUCAGGGACACUUACAACUUUGGCUUAGUACGGAGAUUGGGACGAUGGCUGCGCGGAUCUGCGGGGCGUUGCUCUGGACUAACACUGGACUGGGAAUGGCUAUGGAUGUGGCUCUGAUUCUGGCUCUGAGUCUGAUUCUGGCUGCGCCAGCCACUGUCCUCGGUAUGAUCUUCAAAGUCGAAUUCCUGCCCUGCCGGCGAGGGGCAGGGGCAGGAUCUCUAAGGCUUUGGGGGGACCUCAACUUACAGCGGCGGCUUAAUCUUAUUACGAGAUUGCCAAAUAUUCAGUAUCUUUCUAGUCUGACUGGUCUCACGCUCCCUCUCAUGGGAGUUGGUCCUACUGGGUCCACUAGAUGAGCCCCAAUUGUCAUCCUCGGGGUCGUGGCGCCUAAUGCAAUGAUGGAAUGAGCUUGAGAUGCGGCGCUUCAAUGGAGAAUCUCUGCACUACUCACAGCUGCUGGCGACUACGGCUGCGCACCGGCGUAUUUAAGGCGGAGACGUCGCGGCCGCGGCUCAGCUCACGCUCCCGACUCCUUUGAUCCCUGGUCCGCCCUGUCCAUUUCAGUUGUCGCCAUCAGAUCUCUUGCCGAGAAUGCUGGAAAAGAGUAAUCCAUUUGACACGCCGUGGCGAGGCGCGGCAUCCGCGUUACUUUAACGUUACCUGGCAGAAAUCUCGCCGCGAACGCAAAUUGUGUUCUAAUUUAGGUUUUUUGUAUUUGGCUCUGCCUAAGCCGGAAACCCGUUUUGGCCAAUGCGGCGACAAUUGGCCUAUAAAAUGGCAGGGAAAAGUGGCCAAGAGCAUCAGUCGCUGACAAACCAACAAACCCAAAACAACCAAAUCAACAUGAAGUUCCUCAUCUGCUUGGCUCUCUGCAUUGCCGCCGCCCAGGCUGGCUUCAUCGCCUCCCCGUUGACCACCUAUGCCGCUGCUCCUUAUGCCGCCACCUACGCCGCCGCUGCUCCUGUGGCCUACACCGCUCCCGUGACCACCUAUGCUGCUGCCGCUCCUGCUUACUCCACUUAUGCUGCUGCAGCUCCUGCGUACUCCACGUAUGCUGCCGCUGCUCCCGCCUACACUGCUUCGGUGUACAGUGCCCCGGCCUACACCGCACCGGUGACCACCUAUGCUGCUGGCCCUGCCUACACUGCUCCCAUUUCUACCUAUGCUGCUCCCGCCAUCGUCAGCCCCUUCCUGAAGAAGAAGUAAACGGGGACUUGCCAGCCAUACGCCCAUUGAUCCAUCCGAAUGAUUUGAUAACUAAAUAAAGCGCCAUUUCAAGCGAA